CAGUGUUGCAGCAGGCUCGGCGGCGGUGCACACCAUGUCGCAGGAUGGGCGCCUCUGCGAUUUGACGGGGCUUCUGCUGCUACUCCUGCUCUGCCGGCAGCCUGCCAGCGUCGCCUGUCGCCUCAAAUGUCCGGCAGGCGACUUGUGCCCUGCCCACUACGUAUGCUGCUACGAUCAACUCUGCUGUCCACUGUCAGAGAGGGUGGCAGAGAUAGCCGGUGCGGUGAGUGGAGUCAUCCUUAUGUUCGGAGGCGUUACUUUCUGCUGUAUCAAGUGUUGCAGGACCAGAAGACGAGAUGCCAGCAACCCAGUGCUGAGGACACCCGCUGUUGUUCCGACUCCGGCACCUGCCACAGAUGAUGAUGGGGAUCACUUCACGGAGACAUCGCCUCUUAUUCACGACCAGCCUGUGACGUAUGGGUGUCAUGAGGACAUCAGCUAGCCAACUCCACUUCUCAGCAAGUCGACGAAGCGCACGCACUGCAGUUUGUGAAUCAUAGGGGGUCUAACAUGGCCGAGGAAGUGUCAAUCUUGCUGUGGCAACAAAUCAGCUACAGCAAAAUGUGAAUGGGGGCCUUAAGUUCAGCGUUUCAGGCAGGACAUCCCAUUCAGAAAUGUAUUAAGUUAAGCUACUUGGACAACCAGGUGGAGACCUUUGGUAUAGUCAUAGCGAGUUAUUUUGUGAGCUUUUGCCAAAGCGCAUGUAAGUAGUUAG